CAGACGAAGUCGUAGUUUAGAGGAGCCAACUUAUCAGUGAACUAAAUGGAUAUUAUAUAGUAAUUACUCACGGAGAUUUAAGCCCCAAAUCAAGUUUUCGAUCCUAACUGUGUGCGAGGGAGUUGUAAGCAGCGCCUCGUGUAACGUGGAGGAAUAAGUUACAUGCCGCUGCUGUGGUCGGCGGAGUUGUAACGCUCGCCAGGAGAAUAUUGUGUGUGUGCGGCGGAGGCCACAGUAUCAGACAUCAUGUUGGUGCCCAGUGAAGGUGUCUCUAGCGGCUCAGGCAAGCUUGUAGCUGCCCUUGAGCAAUUCUACGCCGAGCAGGUGUCUAAGAGGCGUAUGAUCGUCGCGAAAAGGGUGGAAGAAGUCGUACAAGUAGCACAUGACCUCAUGAAGCAUGUUGAAGCGCAGGAGCCCCGCUGCCUCUCCACGCUCACCCAAACCGGCGGUCGGUGGGAGGGUCUCAUAAUUCAGUCCCCAAACGAGUACCAGGUUACUAUCUACCUCAAUCAAAUGGGAGAAUUUAAUCUCGUAGACGACGGAACUGUACCCGGAAGUGCCGUGUUAAAGUUAAGUGACGGACGAAAGCGUUCUAUGUCGCUCUGGGUAGAGUUCAUCACGGCUUCAGGUUACCUGUCCUCACGCAAGAUGCGCGCCCGCUUCCAAACCCUGGUCGCCCAGGCCGUAGAGAAGUCCCAGUACCGCGACCAGCUCAGGAUGGUGGGGGGGACGUCAGAGGUUCGCGUCAGAAUUCGUGACACUUACACUCUCGACCUCGUCCUAGCAUUCAAGUGUUAUGGCAUCUGGCCGAGGUCAGCGGCUCACUGGCCCGAGCUCUCCCUCCCCUGGCCCGGCGUCGAGCUGGCCGCCGAAGUCAAGAUGUCUGGCUUCACCCUCGUGUCGCGCGACUGCUCGCACCUGGCUCGAGAGAAGGACAAGGACAAGCAGGAGGCUGCCAUCACGGCCGAGGGCGACACAUGGGUGAUGGUGUUCACGGAGGCAGAGGAUCGACUCCUUACACAAGGAUGCCGCAAGAAGUGCCUCUCCAUCCUCAAGACUUUAAGAGACCGGCACCUUGAGCUGGCCGGAAACCCCGUGAGCUCCUUCGUGCUCAAGACUCUGGUACUGUACGAGUGCGAGAAACACCCACACGAGUGGGAGUGGGACACCAUCAGCCUCGGGGACCGCAUUAAUGGUAUCCUUCUCCAGCUGAUCUCAUGCCUUCUGUGCCGUAGGUGCCCACACUAUUUCCUGCCUCAGGUGGACCUCUUCCGUGGCACUCCUCGCCAGAGCCUCACUCAGGGUGCCUCUCAGACCUGGCGACUUACUAGGGACCUCCUCACCAGAACAGAGUACCUUCAGCAGUGUUAA